CUUCAAAUUCCGAAUUGGCUUCGGCAAUAAGUCGCGUCUGUUGACCAAGGCAGCUGCCAAUUUCCGUCGACCUAAUUGCUUUUUUUACUCGGCAACUUUUAUCAAAUUCACCGAAACGUCACUUGCCAGCGGCACACCCAUUGCCUGGCAGUCAAGGGAUUUGGUGUACAAACCUUGUACGCUGAAACGCCCACUGCCACCCCCCUCACAACUCGCAGCGUCUGCUUAUUCGACUUUGUUUCGCUACUUCCUCAUUUCAUCAUCCACAUACCGCAAUGUCACUGACGGCACCAAUCGCGAAAGACAACUUCGCCUUCGCGAAUGGCGAUCUCUUCGCCGAAGCUUCGGGUGGUAAUCGCCACCGUCGAGCAACUGCUGCCGAACUUAAGACUCAUUUCAAGUCUGGCAAUGAUAAGGACCACCCAGCACACUGGUUUGAAGCCCAGUGCCUCCAUUAUGGACUUCCGCCGUCCAAGACCAAAGCUGUGGCGCGCAUGAGGCUGUACGAUGCCGUCAAGGGGGGAAGCUUGUCAGUUCCCGCGAGCGUCCAGAAGCUUGAGACAGAGCUGAAGAAGGAGUGGACCAAGAAGGAUCGCGAAGCCAAGAAGGCGCUCAAAGGCUCUACGACAGUUGCGAAGACGGCCACGACGACGACGAAGGCUGCUGGGACCAAGCGCAAAGCCGAAAACGUUGACCUCACAGUCGAUGUUGGCGGUAUUCAGGUCAAGCUGUCGACCAACAACGGAGCAAGAGAGACGGCUGCCAAGAAGGCGAAGACUACAACUGCUGCUAUGACUGCUAAGAGUUCCACCCCCAAAGCGAAAGCCUCAGCGACCAGUGCAUCCAAAGCUACCAAGGCUACACCCGCACCCAAAGUGAAAGCAGUGAAGCCGGAGAAGGAAAAGCCAGCUUCGAAACCUUCCGCCUCUGCCAAAUCGUCCCCUGCCAAGCAGACAGCUCAUCGACGCGGUACGCAGACUCUUCGAGGUGGCAUUUCACAAGGUCCAGGCAGAAAGUCUGCUGCGGCUUCCUCUUCAAGCCCUGAAAAGCCAGCAAGAACCAAACAAACAGCCCGACGGAGCGGCUCGUUCGUGGCAAGAGGACGGAUUCCCACUGGCGGCAUGUGCUACGAAGAAUCUCCCCCGCCUUACUCCGAGUAUGCCGACGACGACUAUGACGAUUACGAAGAAGAUGCCCCACUGGCCCCCUUGGGUCUCCUCAAUGGCCGCUACGAAAUCAAGUCUACCGAAGUCUCCGAACAAUGGACCCAUUAUGGACAAGACUUCGGUCUCAUCUUGACCCUCGCGGGCUCUAGCAUGUGGGGAAGCUUUGACCUUGGCGUUAUCGAAGGUGUGCUGUUCAUAGAGAGACGCCCGUACCAAUCUUCCCACGAGCCCAUUCACUUCAAGUGGCGAGGCCGCGAAGACCAGGGCCCAAUGCUGUAUGGUAACCAUAACUCGGGCUGGAUCAAAUUCCUGGGCGAUGGACGAGUCGAGGGCGAGUUUGACUACCAAUGCAUCGAUUUCAGGGGCAAACGGGCGCCUGGUCAGGGUACCAAGAGCGAGAUUGAUGCUAGAAUUCUGGAGAACGAGUGGGAUGGGUACAACGAGAGAGAGUACGAGGCCGAGAAUCAAGCACGCUGGAAUUAGGAAGAUAAAAACUAUUGUUGGCAGGCACGUUGGUUUAGCUGUUUGGCGAGGAGCUGCGUACUUGACAACUUGCAAGAUCCGCCGUUGGGCUUGGCGCUAGUCAUCUUGAGCGAGCGGUCAUUUGUUCGUUUGAUUGUAGGAUUUGAUUUAAUUUUUGUCUGAGAUGCCUAGUACAAGCUGGAGUUAUCCUGCCUUGUUUGAAAGCGUGUGUGUGUGUGUCUGUCUUGAAAAUACUUGUCACCAGGGAGAACGAUAGCCCGCUGCACGGUAGAUAUCCCGCAAGGAAUC